CCGUCGUAAGAGGCGGAUUAUGUUGAACGGCAUGUUCUGUUUGAUUGGCGUUUCAAUCAUCCGAUUUAAGAUGAAGGAAUAGAGAACUGGCCUAUCAAGAGCUCCAUAGGGCGGGAUUUGAUAGAGGGGGCUGGGUGCUAAGUAUCAUGGAGGAUCAGUAGGAGAACUGUGGCCAUACAAGAAAACCGAGCUGUGGGUCCAAACUCUGGAGUUGAACAUUGUAUUGCCAUAUUUUUUUAUUUUUUAUUUUACGUUAACCUAGUGUUUUAUAUUUUACUAAUAAUGGAGAUGAAAAAGAGGAUCAGUUUAGAAUUGAGGAAUAGGACACCAGCGGAGGUGACAGAGCUGGUGGUGGAUAACUGCCGCACCAGUGAUGGUGAAGUAGAGGGCCUGACAGAUGAUUUCAAGGAGCUGGAAUUCCUCAGCAUGGUCAACGUUGGACUCACCUCCCUGGCAAAGCUACCGUCGCUGCCCAAACUGCGCAAGUUGGAGCUGAGUGACAACAAUAUCUUGGGUCAUUUGGAGACACUUUCAGAGAAAUCCCCCAACCUGACGUAUCUAAACCUGAGUGGCAACAAGAUAAAGGAGCUGAGCAAUGUUGAGGCCCUGCAAAAUCUGAAGAACCUGAAGAGCCUGGACCUGUUUAACUGUGAAAUCACCACACUGGAGGAGUACCGUGAGAGCAUCUUUGAGCUGCUGCCUCAGGUCACCUACCUGGACGGCUUCGACCAGGAGGACAACGAGGCCCCAGACUCAGAGGCAGACGCCGACGAUGAUGAGGGGGAGGACGGAGCCGGACCAACAGGGGACUAUGACGAUGAAGAUGACGAGGAGGAGGAAGAUGAGGUCUCGGAAGGAAGAGAGGUUGGGCUCUCUUACCUAAUGAAGGAAAAGAUCCAGGAUGAAGAGGAUGAUGAUGACUACGCAGAGGAGGAGGAUGGAAAAGAGGAGAAGGCAGGAGUCAAAGUUGAGAAGAGGAAGAGGGAUGCUGAGGAUGAAGGGGAGGAUGAUGACGAUGAUGACGACGAUGAUGACUAGGCUUGUCUUUCCCCAGCGAACCUCUGGAUCCAGGUCCAAGCUGUAGAACAAUAACCACAAAAAAGUGUGAUCUUGCAGAUUGUUUCUCUUUGUAUACCAUAGAUAUCACUAUAGAGGCUGUUUUUUUUCUUUCGUUUUUAUAUAUAUGAGAUACAAUAUGAAAAUGAGAUUUUAUCGACAAUUAAUUUGUUAAUCAUUCCAUGUUAAACGACCACCCCAAAUCUCUUCAAUGUGUAAGGGCUCUAAAAUAAAUGGAUGAGGGGGGGGGGGCUGGUUUUAUCUCGAAUGGCUUGCCAAUGAUAUGAUCAGUUGCAACUAGAGGUGUGUUAUGGACUAAUUUAAGAAGGGCUUUCGCAACAAUGACCAGCACAACAGAAGUGGCCCACACUGUCCCUCGUUGACGUCAGUGUUCAACAAACAUCCAAUGGCGUUCCAAGACCCAUGACAGGCCAUGCAGCCCAGAGUCCAGUCCAGUUCAGCCCAUAGAGAUAGAUAGAGGACUCCUCUUUGUAUCUGUGCUAUUAUAGUGUCUGUGACAGCAUAAGCAGCACCAUUAAGGCAAUCUCCAUUUUGAAGUAGUCAAUUUUCUUCUUUACGAUUGGCUGAUUCUGCCUGAUGACCCAGUUGGACAUUACUCCAACAGGGUCAUCAGGAGGGAUCGGCCAAUGAAGUUGGAAGUUCCACGCAGUUGACUAAAUUAAAAUGUUGGAAGCACUCAAUGGCGCUGCCCAUGCUAAUAUGACCUUUUGGCCACUAGAGGCCUCUUAUCGUUCUCUAUGGUCCAGCCAAGUCUCAUCUACCUCUCUGGGCCACAGUGAGGAAAGAAUGCCCCCUACAGGACAGCACUCUACACAGCACCAUGCUCACUACUCAGGCAGCCAGGGAUACCAGGCUAGAAAAGAGGCAACAGGAAGUUCAGGAAC